GUGUGUAUUGGCUGCCUGUGCUAGAGUCCUAGCGACCUAGAGUCUUAGACCCUUUACUGACAAUUAACUAAUGACACUCACCCCUCACUCGCCACCCCUCAUCCCCCUCGAAAACCCGGUCGGAUCGUCCUACUCUCCUACAACCACAGUGCUGGCGUUGCACGAACAGAUAUUGAAAUGCCCCACGCCUGGCUGCAACGGACGGGGACACGUUCAGCCGCACCGGAGCGUGCACCGCAGCCUGUCCGGCUGUCCGCGAGCUAUACGGCGCUUGGCGGCUCCAUUGCCAUUGCCAUUGGCAUUGCCCCUGGCGGCGGCAGCUGGCGAACUGGAGAAGCAUGAGAAGGAGCUGCAUGCCCUGGACAAGCUCAAGAUCACCUCUAGCCAUUAUUUGAACAACAACAACAGCAGCUGCAUUAACAACAACAAUACGAACAGCAACAACAACAACAACAACGGCAGCAACAACAAAACGAUGCCCAUUAUCAAAACGGAAUACAGUCCGGUGGCCAGCAUUAAAUCGGAAUAUAACAAAAGUCCCAUGCACUCGUAUUUGGCCAAUGAUGCCGCUGCGGCGGCCAGCAGCGCCAUACCCGCUGGCAGUGCGCGCAGCAGCAACAGCAGCAGCAACAGCAACAAUAACAACAACAACAGCAACAACAGCAGCAGCAACAACAACAACAAUAGCAACAGCGAAGCGCACUUGAGCCGCUAUGUUGGCAUGCAAAGUCCACACGCCCAACAUCACCAGCAGCAGCAGCAGCAGCAGCAACAACAGCAGCAGCAACACACGCUGCAUCAGCAACGCGGACCCUUCAUCGAGGGCAAUGCCACACAGAUGAUGCCCGCGGGCAAUGCCAGCGCCGGCGACGCCAACGAUCCAGCCAGCUAUCACUCAGAGCACCAGCAGCAGCAGCAACAGCAGCAGCAGCAGCAGCAGCAGGCGGACGAGCGUCAGCAGCAAUAUGAGCAGAUGCGCUAUGCGCAGAGCCAUGGCCAUGAUCCGAGCGCGGAGCAGCAACAGUUGCUCGCCAGCAAUCCCAGCAGCAGCGAGCUGUCGCCGGUGACGGCGCGCAGUGCCUAUGAGCAUACGCAUCCGCAUCCGCAUUCGCAUCCGCAUCCGCACUCACAUCCGCACACACAUCCGCCGGGCACAGUGGCGCCCGUGUUCGUCGGCCUCGGCGUCGGCGACUCGGUCAGUGGCGGCGGCGGUGCGGGCUUCGAGCGCUACGAUCCGAAUUGCUGCCCCAGCGGGGGACAGCGACUGCAGCCGGGCGCCACAGCGGCCACAGCGCCGGCCAACAUGUACCACUAUCUGCCACAGGCGGCGGACGACCUGCAGGCGCAGCAGCAAAAGUACUUGCAGGAGCAGCAGCUGCUGAUGGCCAAGGCCGAGCACGAGGAGCUGGCCAAUGGGGGCGGGCCGAUCUAUCCGCGGCCCAUGUACCACUACGAUCCGACGAUGGGGCCGCUGCCGCCGGGCUUCUCGGCGAUUAACUUGUCGGUGAAGAUGGCUGCGGCGCAGGCGGCGGCAGCAGCAGCUGCCUAUCAGAAUCAACAGCAGCAGCAACAGCAACAGCAGCAGCAACAGCAGCAGCAACAACAGCAGCAGCAGCAGCAACAUCUACAGCAGCAACAGCAGCAGCACAGCAAACAGAGCAGUUCGCCGACGCCAAAUGUGGGCGUGGCAGCGCCAGCUGUUGACCUAUCGGGCGCCACAUCGGUAACAUCGUCCAGCCCGCACGGUUUCAACUCGCCAGCCUCGCACAACCAAUACAACCAGCGCAUGGGCAACGGCAGCCCACAGCCCGGCGCCAGCCCCAACAUUGCCAGCCCCCAAGUGCCGAGUCCGCAGGGCCAGACGCUCGAUCUGAGCGUGACGCGUUUGCCGCACAGCAUCAUCACGAGCCCGCAGUACGGCGCCGACGGCCUUGUUGUGGGCCACGGUCAGGGCUUUGGCAGCGCUGCGCCCGGCUCAAUCGGACCGAACGGACCGCCGCGUUCACCACAAAUGGAGCCAGUGGACUUUAGCGGACCGCCACGUCCGCUUGGCUUUGGCCUGGUGGGUCACAUCAGCGGGCCGCGUCCAUACAGCCGCGAAUCGACGCCCGACAGCGGCGGCUCACACUACAUCGAAACGUACAGAGAUCCGAGCGGCUAUUCACCACAUCCUGGCUAUGGCAUGGUAGUGCAAUCCGACUACCCACCAGCUGGCUAUCAUGGCUAUGGCCCCGCCGCCUAUCAGUGCAGCAAUCCGUAUGCGACGGCCGUUGGACCCGGCGGCUACCCGACGCCCGUUUCCGGCGGCUACUCACCCAGUCCGGCCACCUGCUACUCGAUGCCACCGCCGCAGCACAUACCGCAGCACGACAAGACCAAAGACGGCUUGACGGGCUGCUCGCGCUCGGAUCGCAAUCAUUUGCAAUCGCAUUCACAGGAGCUUAAGUGCCCGACGCCUGGCUGCGAUGGCUCUGGCCACGUCACUGGCAACUAUUCAUCGCAUCGCAGUCUGUCCGGCUGUCCGCGCGCCAACAAGCCGAAGAGCAAGCCGCGCGAUGGCCAGGACUCGGAGCCGCUGCGCUGCCCCAUACCCGGCUGCGAUGGCUCCGGCCAUUCCACCGGCAAAUUCCUCUCACAUCGAAGCGCAUCGGGCUGUCCCAUUGCCAAUCGCAACAAGAUGCGCGUUCUGGAGGCCGGCGGCACGGUGGAGCAGCACAAAGCCGCAGUUGCAGCUGCUACGGCCAUGAAAUUCGAUGCCUGCACCACAGUUGGCAGCCAAGGCAUCAAGAAGCCCAAGUUCGAUGAGGUUACCAUGGUAUAUCCCAAAGGCUACACAGGCGGCAGCGGCUUGGAUAUUGUUAUGAGCGGCGUUGGCGUCGGCGUCGGCGUCGGCGUUCCCUUGCCGCCUGGCAUCAAUAGCAACAGCAGCAGCAACAACAACAACAAUAAUAACAACAACAACAAUAACAGCAGCAGUAACAGCAACAGCGGCGUCGGCGAUAAGACGUCCGUCAAUGUGGCCGGCGGCAGCGACGAUCUGAACACUCUGGAAGCGGAAAUAUCAGAAUUGCAGCGCGAAAAUGCACGCGUCGAAUCGCAAAUGAUGCGCCUCAAGUCGGACAUCAACGCAAUGGAAUCGCAGCUGAGCACCAGCGAUCGGGAGGCUUCUCCAUUGAGCGCACAUCAGCAACAUCAACAGCAGCAACAACAACAGCAGCAACAACAGCAGCAGCAACAGCGACCCACUGCUUCAUCGCUGGCCUCACCCAGCGGCCAGUCACCGUUCGCCGGCGUCUCAUCCACCACCAGCGGCAGCGGCAUUGAUCUACUGCCCAGCGGCAUGUCGCACGUCUCCGCCGACAACGGCGGCGGCGGCGUCGGCGGCGUCGGCGGCGGUCCGCCCAAUGCCAAUCUGAACAACUACUACGAAAGUUUGCGCAACAAUGUCAUCACACUGCUGGAGCAUGUGCGUCUGCCGCCACCGCCGCCGCCGCCGUCGUCGUCAGCGCUGCCACCGGGCGCGGCGCCCGGCUCCGGCAUGGACAAUGGCUGUGCCGCCGCCAUUGGCGUGCAGCUGAGCGCCGAGCAUCAUCAUACUUCAGCCGCGGCUGCCGCUGCAUAUUCGACGCUGCUGCCGCCUCCACCGCCGCCGCCGCCACUGCCGCUGCCGCCAACAUCGGCGUCGUCGGCGUCGGCGAGCAGCACUGCAGCGGGCACGGCCAUGUAUGGACAUCAGGGAAGCGGCGCAGCCGUUGCACCGCCGCCACCGCCGCCGCCUCCACACCAUGCCUAUACGGUGCACCACCCGGGCGGCUAUCCGCACGGACAUCCGCAUGCGCAUCCGCAUCCGCACGAGCAUUUCGACUCGUACAUCUCGAAGCUGCAGUCGCUGUGCGUACCGCCCGACGUCUACGCCCUGCCCGAUGACGGUGGACGGCCCGUCUACAACUCCGUAAAGCCGAGCAUGCACCAGGACUACGGCAAGCUGAUGCCCACGCCCAUUUAAGGCGUAUUGCGAGCUGCGUGCGUGUGUACAUAAUACCAUAAGUAAAUUGCACUGAUCAUGAAUCAUUGUGAUUCAUAAUUGAUUCACUUUACACAGCAAAUGAGUUAUUCAGU